UCUGAAACCAUACAAUAGCUCCGUCAUGCCAGUUUCUCCAAACGUAAGCAAAGUGGCACUGUGGAGCUGCUCACUUUCACAAAACUCUGAAAAGAGAGAGAGAGAAGGGUGUGUCUACCAAUCGGUUCAGCGAGGGACAUGCCCCACACCGCGUCAGAUCGAGAAGGGGAACGAUCUCAGUUUAAAAUCUCCCAGGCUCGGCCGCAGCAAUGGGGAAAGUGACAAAUUUUACAAUAGUCUACGACCGCGCCGUGGACAAUAACGUGCCGACCUACAGCUGCGGGGAAUGGGUCACUGGGCGGAUCGUUGUCGAGGUCAAUGCUGAGAUCGAGGUGAAAGCUCUUAAAAUUCACGCCAAAGGACAGGCGUACGUCCACUGGACCGAAACUGACUCGGAUUCGGAGUCUCAGUCCUACACUCAGAAAAUCAGAUACUUCAAACACAAGUACCUGCUGAUUGGUGUGGAUGGUUCUGAACAAGUUACAGUUUUACCUCCAGGCCGACAUGAAUAUCCAUUCAGCCUUGUGCUUCCACAUUCACCACCACUUCCUGCCACCUUCAAAGGCCCUCAUGGCGACGUGAGUUAUUGGAUGACAGCCAAACUGCACAGGCCUUGGAAACUGAGAAUUAAAGUGAAAGAAAUGUUUACACUACUCGACCAGAUUGACAUUAAUGCUCCAUCGCUGUUGUCACCACAGACUGCUUCAGAUGAGAAAACUAUCUGUUGCUGCUGUUGUGCCUCAGGCCCAAUAUCCCUAAAAGCCAAAAUUGAACGCAAGGGCUAUACCCCAGGUGAAUCAAUUCGAAUAUUUGCUGAAAUUGAGAAUAACUCUUCCCGCAAAGUGGUUCCAAAGGCAGCCAUUUAUAAGACACAGAUUUUCCAUGCAGAACGAAAGAAAAACAGGGUCACAGAACUGAUAACCAAAAUAGAGGGAGAACCAGUGUUAGCUGGAAAAUCAGAGAGCUGGAAUGGAGUGGAACUGAAAAUUCCAGCAUUGACUCCCACACUGAUGAACUGCAGCAUUAUCCAAAUGGAAUACUCACUGACGGUAUAUUUACAUGUCCCAAGCUCAUUAAAUUUAGAUGUUAAGUUACCAAUUGUUAUUGGUACAAUUCCCUUGCAUCCCGUCAACGGCCAGGCAACCAACUUUAGCACCCAGUAUGGCAUGAAUUACAACAACUUCAACAACUACAGUAGCACACUUCCUGAAGGGCCUGAAGCAGGGAAUUCUGGCUUUCUAUUCACCAAUCAGAACCCGGGCUUCCAGGCAGCAGGGAUGAAAAGUCUUCAGGAAUAAUGGAUUGAGUUUACAUUUGCCGUCUGGGAGAUGGAGAAUGUGGUGCCUACUUUGAAUUGUUCUUGAGUCAUUAGACAUAACUUAAUUCUUCUCCAAAUGCAUAUUUCAUUUAAAAACAACCAGAAUAAAAUAGGAAACAGAAACCAUCAUAUUAUGUUACUUCUAAGUACAUGCUAAUGGUUCAUUUACUUGCCAUAACUGAAACAACAUAAACCAUAAUUGCUUGAAUACCAACGCUGCUGUUGCAUAAAGAACUUCGUUUUGUAAUGUGAUAAUGCCAUUCUCUAAAGUUAUUUUCAGUCUUUCAAGUUGGGUCUGAUUUACGAGGAGAGAUUGACGAGGUUGGGAUUGUUUUUGCCGGAGUCCAGAUGAGUGAGGGGGGAUCUCAUAGAGACUUACAAAAUUCUAACAGGACUGGACAGGGUAGAUGCAGGGAGGAUGUUCCCGAUGGUGGGUGUGUCCAGAACCAAGGGUCACAGUAUGAAGAUUUAGGGUAGGUGAUUUAGGAUGGAGAUGAGGAGAUAUUUCUUCACCAAAGAGUGGUGAGCCUGUGGAAUUCAUUAACACAGGAAGUAGUUGAUGCCAAAACAUUGAAUGCAUUCAAAAGGCAACUAGAUAUAGCACUUGGAGCAAAUGGGAUCAAAGUUAUGGGGACAAAGCCGGAUUAGGCUACGCAGUUGGACGAUCAGCCCUGACUCUGAAGAAUGGAACAGCAGGCUCGAAGUGCUGAAUGGCCUCCUCUUGCUCUUAUCUUCUAUGUUUCUAUGUAUGUUUUAACAGUUAAUGUCUUCCAUUUAUACCUGCAUCUGUACUGUUAAAUCAUUUGUUGAUACCUUUACACAUAUGUACUCACUAUAUUGAUGUUAAAUACUUAAGUCACUAUGUUUGCUCAAAUCUUUUUCAGAGGAGUUGUACAAAAGAAAAGGUAGUUUUCCUCCUAAGUUUAAAGAAAAGCAUUACUUUUUUGCUGUAUUUUGCCUCCAGAAAAUCAGGUGCUGUGAUGGAGGAGGCAUCACAUUGCUGUUAACGUGUGAAUUUUCUGCUUGUUGUGCUGUACUGAUUAAAAGCUUCAAAUUGAAGAACAACAUCACAGAUUUGCAGCAGAAAAAUGGCAGCAAAUUGGAAGUGUUUUCAAGGGAACCAGCAUUCAAACUUCAUAGAACAAACUUAGUUUGUUAAGUGCUUCUUAAUAUUAGAAUUAUUGUUUGCUUUACAAAACAUUAUUAAUGAAGUCACAAAUUCUAAGGUAGAGCAUUCUUUGAAAUUGUUUUUGCUAAGCUAGUGCUGCUUUAUUAUAAGUGCAACACAAAAACCCAUCAAAGCACAGUAGUGGGGUUUCUUUUAUACUUCCAGUGGAGUAAGUAUGUAGAUUGUGAAUGGUUUAAUUUCUCACCCAGGCGUUUGCUUAUUUUAUGGUCUGUGCCACUGCUCAGUUUGUUUGUUUAUCAGUGGUACUUUCACAUAUUUCUUGCUUGGAACAGUUCGAAUUGAAGGCAGCAGUUAUGUUGCGAAGGUUCAAAAAUAGCAAGUGCUGGAGAAACUCAGCAGGUUUGGCAGUACUGGUAGAGAGAAAAACAGUUAACAUUUUGAGUCCAGUGAUUCUUCAUCAGAGUGUCAGAACAUUAGUUCUGCCGAAGGAUCACCGGACAGAACAUUAACUCUGUUUUUCUGUCUACAUGUGCUGCCAGACCUGCUGAGCUUCUCCACCAUUUUCUAUUUUGGGUUCAGAUUUCCAGCAUCCAUAAUUCUUUGCUUUUAUUACUAUGUUGUUAUGUUAUAUUCUUAUAUUAACAUGGUUGAUGUUAAGAUGAACUUCUGACCACAUAUCAGUCACUAUUCAUUCCACCUAUUUCCAUCUCCAUAUGAUUACCCAACAUUUGCCCCAGCGUCAGGGCAUGCCUUUGGUAUCCUCAGAAUUGCCUACUGUAGCAGUUGGUUGUAUCCCAUCAUGCCCAUUGACUUACAUUGGCUCCUGAUUGAGCAAUUUGAUUUUAAAAUUUUCAUCUCUGUUUUUAAGUGCCACACUGGCUUCACCCUUCUUUAUUUCUGUGACCUCUUCCAGCCCACAAUAAUCUGGGCUUUCAGUGUGCCUCUAAUUGUAAAAUUUUAGGAAUCCCUGAUUUCAAUUGCUGCAAUAUUGUGUCCUGCUCUGUAGCUAUCUGGGCUCCGAGUUCUGGAAUACACUCACUACACCUUUUCAUCUCUCUCCUUUAAAACUUUCCACUUUUGACAAGCUUUUGGUCAUGUGACCUCGUGGGCUGGAUUAUCAUAGCGUUAUGGUUAUUCCAGGGAUCUUUAAAAUGGCAAAUGGGAACAAAUCUAGUCCUGUCCCCAUCUUCCCAACUCCCACACCUACAACCUAGAAAGACAAGAACAAGAGAUGUAUGGAACAUCACUACCUUCAAUCUUCCCUGAAAGCCAUACACCAUGUUGAUUUGGUACUAUAUUAUCAUUCCUUCACCAACACUGGUUCAAAAAGCUAGAACUACUCCCCGCCCUUUCCAUGGGCAUACUUAUACCCUAAGGACUGCAGCAGAGCAAGAAGGCAGAUCACCACCAGCUUCUCAAGGACAGGGAUGAGCAAUAGGGUUAGGGUUAGCUAGAAUAGCUAGUGACUCCCAUAUUUCAUGAAUGAAUACAAAAAGAAAUUCUGGCAGAUGCUGUCAUUGCCAAGGUGUGAAAUGGGAGUGGGGGUGUGACUCAGAUGUAGGAAAUCUGAACUCAGUAGGGACUUGGAAUUAAUCAUAUUUUCACUAAAACAUGGACCUUCUGAAUGUGGCAUUAUGAAUCAUUAGAAAAAUCACAAAUGCUCUUGAAGAGCGGAACAGCCACCAAUUUAUUUAAAUGGCGUUUUUGAGAAACAAAACAACAUUGCCAACUUAUGUCUGUGUGAGUAGAAGAAUAUCUAGCAAUUUCUAUAGCUGUUUGUUGACUUAAUAUUUUGUGCUAUAGUUACAGCAUUGUUAAUGGUUGGUUGAUUUCCACAUCACAGUGACAGGUGGAAUUGACAGUUUGAAAGCUCAAAGAAGUUAUUAGAGGAUAAAGUAUAUGAUAGGGGUUCAUGUUUUUUUUAUACAUAAGGAGUUUAACCUCUUGAACAAAAACAGAUGCUGCUGGAAAAG